AUGCUCGCGCGGGACUUUAUCGAUGACUCGUUGUACAACCCCAAUUAUGGGUACUUUGCGACAAAGGUGGAGAUCUUCGAUCCGGAUGUUGCGAAGAUUCGACAGGUGCAAGGAGGGACGAAGGGGAAGGGGAAGGGAAAGGCGAGGGAGGUCAAUGUUAGGGAGGACGUGUUGGCUGCUGCGUCACGAGCAGAGGGGUUCGAUUUCGGAGCGUUUCGGAAUACGGCAGAGUUUGAGGAUGAGGUUGCGAGGCGGUAUAUGGUGUUUGAAGGGCGGGGAAGCGGACAUGAGGGUGAGGAGGUCGCGCAGGGCGUGAACGUGGGGACUGGAGUGGGAAGGCAGGUGUGGCACACGCCGACAGAGCUGUUCAAGCCCUGGUACGGUCGCGCACUCGCCCGCUUCCUCUGCGCCUCCUACAAGCUCAACCUCUUCCCCUACCACGACCUAGUAAUCUACGAGAUCGGGGCCGGAAACGGCACCCUGAUGGGCGACAUCCUCGAUUACCUCGCCGCGCACGAACCGGAAGUCUACUCCCGCACGCGGUACAGGAUUAUCGAGAUUUCGGAACGUUUGCAGGGGAUGCAGAAGGGUAGGGCGGCGGCGGGUGGACCUCGGACGCAGGGAGGAGAUGCGGGUGCGGCGGAACUGGGGAGGGAGAAGGCGAGGCAGAGGGGGCAUGAGGGCAAGGUCGAGAUCAUUGGGAAGAGCAUCUUUGAGUGGGACAGGGUCGUGCACGAGCCGUGCUUCUUCCUUGCCAUGGAGGUCAUGGACAACUUCCCUCACGAUGUCGUGCGGUACACGACCGACACGCACCAGCCCUUGCAAUGCGUCGUCUCGAUCGACUCGACAGGCGACUACACCGAGCUGUUCGAGCCGGUCACCGACCCCCUCAUCGCGCGCUACCUCUCUCUCCGCUCUCGCCUCCCCUCCGUCCGGUCCCGCUCCUCCCCCUCACCCGCCAUCAACCCUCUCCUCGCCCGCUCCCCGCUCCUCCGUUCCAUGUACGCGUCCAUGCCUUUCGCGCCGAACCUGACUCAGCCCGAGUUCCUCCCGACGAGACAACUCGAGUUGCUCGAGAUCCUGAGGGACAAGUUCCCGAAUCACCGCAUGUUGAUGAGCGACUUUUCGAGUCUGCCGGAUGCGAUUGAGGGGGUGAAUGCGCCGGUCGUGCAGACGCGGUAUGCGGGAGAGACCGUCCCGUGCACGACCUACCUCGUGCAGCCCGGCUUCUUCGACAUCUUCUUCCCGACUGACUUUGACACGCUGCGCGAGAUGUACGGGCUCGUCAUGUCUCUCGGCUCUCCCUCUACGCCCGCACAAGCGACCCCCUUCUCCCCCUCGUCGAGCCAGCCCGCUCCCGCCUCUCUGCCAACCUCGCCCAACUCUGGCCUCUCACCCGACUACUUCUCGCCCUCGUCGCCCUCCUCACGACGCUACGGCGGUGACUCGACCGGACUCGGGCCCUCAGGACGGUCGCUGCAAGUGGUCGACCACGGCGACUUUCUCGAGGAAUGGGGCGAGACGGACAUGACGCGGCUCGGGGACGGGUCGAACCCGCUGAUAGAGACGUACCAGAAUGCGAAAUUCAUCUAUUGA